CGGCAGCUUUUCCAAUGUGUCUAGCUUAUGUGCAGUGCAUACAUUUAUUAAAAAUAAGAACUAAUCCAGUGUCUUAGUUUCCCCCAUCCCGGUAGUCGCCAUUUUUUCCCUGGAUGGGCUUGGCUCUGUUUUGAUCUCUCAUAUAAACACUGCCACGCGUACACCAUCUCCUUAGUACUCACUGCACUUCUAAACCAUCCGCCCUCAUCGCUCCUUCUGCUCCGCGCUCACCGACGGCAGCUUUUACUGCAGAUCUUAACACCAUAAUCACCACCCAGACUUCUCUUUGCAUGGCACUAAUUUCCCCCCUUACCCCCCCCCCCCCCCGCAUUUAUUUAUAAACCACAGGCAGCGAACCGGCCGCCUCCCCCAUCGCAGCCAAAGCAGAUGCAGCCUCCGGUUGCAGCGCGGCGCUGGGCUCUCGCAGUGGGUGUGUGAGUGCAGGGUGGAUGGGGGAGAGCUGCCCGUGCACUUGAACUUCUCCUGUAGGUAUUAAGUAAGAAGGUGCCGGAGUAGAACUUGACUUUUUCAUGGCUUCUGCUGCACCGCCGGGUAGCCCACCCGCCUGUCGCAUGCAGCUCCAUCCAAGUGCAUGACUCGGUUGUUAUUUAUCGCGAUGAUCGUCCGCCUUUUUGUCGUGGUGGUGGUUUUGUUGUUUUCCCCGCAGCCGCUACCUGUGCUGCGAUGGCAUGAGCGGAGGGCUGCUGUGCGCAGGCUCUCUGCAGCUUUGUUUGCUGCUCGGGCAGUGGCUGUGUACGUGCAGGAGGCUGUCUUAUAGGGACAGUGCCGGCCCCUGCCUAGAAGCUCCUCCAGUCCUGUCCUGUGCUGUGCCUGCUCUGCUUUGCUCUUCCAGCGCUGCUCCGGAGAGGACCAAUGACCGUGUCCAGGCGGGCCUGCUUCGCCCCAGAGCAGCGAUGCUCUUCCCCAGUUCAGGCUCUGCUCUGCACGGCCGUGCUAUUUGGUGGCUCCUGUAGAAUAGCCUAAAAUGAACUCGGCUCGUACGUGACUUGUAUUCCAAAGAAGCAGCGAGUCUUGCAGGCCCGCUCCGCUCUCGCUCCUCCAGUGGGCAUCCCGCACGGCCGCGGGCAGCUGGGUGUGCUGGCGCUGGGAGGUGCGGGGCAGGCAGCCAGCAGCUGCUCAUGGGGCACCCACCGGAGGUGCAAACCGAAAUCAAAAGCUGACAAGCACCCUCCUUGAAAUAAACAUGAGCUGGUGAGCACCCUGCGGGUGAGCAACGUGUCUUGGAGAUAACAGAGGGGGAGCAAGUUGUUCCCCUAUGCCCCUGCUCCGAGCAAGGCAACCAUUGGGGGGGGGGGGGCUGUUCAUUUCAGUACUCCUGCAUUUUUUGGUUUUAGUUGAAUUCUUUGUCUCAUCUUGGAGCAUAGAGAAGACGUCAGUUCAUUUUAGAAAAGAAAGUCAUCAGCAGUGGGAGGUGCGUCUUGUUUCCUGAGGCACUUUGCUCCUGAAGAUUUUUUAUUGUUUUCUUAUAAAAUAUACUCUCUGCCUUUAAAAAAAAAAAUCCAAUCACAGUUAACCAAACCGGGUCUCAGAGGAUUUCCAUCCGUAAAGUGCACCUUGAGUUGCACAGAUUUCUUUUCUGUUGCCUGCAUUCAAGAAAUCUGUGUUAUUUACAGCUAUUAUUUCAUCGUUUCUGUUCUUAGGUCUCUUGUCAUCCACUGCAAAAUAGUUAUUUGUCUGAAGUGUAAGCUGCUUUCAGGAGUUUUUACGAGAGGAUUUGUAAUCUAGCAAAUACAGCAGAAUUAAAAGAUUGCUGGUUACAGAUUUGCUAGCAUUGUUAAAGCUGAGGCAUACAUGUCUACUUGCAGCUACCCUCCUGCUUUUUUUUUUUGCCUGUAGGUAUGUAUUUACCUGUCUAGUCUUUCGCUUCAAUUCUCAUUCUGUAGUAGUGGCAGCCUUCAGAAAUGCCACCCUGCGGGAUGCCAUCUGUACAUUUACUUGUGCUUUCUUCUAGCUGCAGUGAUUACAUUAGGGGUGGGUUGUUGGUGUUACAGGACAGGAUAAUGCUUGUCGAGAAACGGUUGCAAGUGUAACCACCACCAGAAUGGUGUUUGCCUGGUUCAGCAAUGUCACUGGGCUUACUUGCUGGUAUGGGGAGCAGAGGCUCAUUGCUUUGAUGCAGCACCCUGUUAUUUCAGGGAUGGAGGUGCAGCAGCCCAUGUGUGCACCCCUGCAUUGUAUGUACCAGCACUGUGACCACAUCUAGCAGUUGCUGCUCAUGUUUGCCUGUGAGCUUAGGUUUGAGGGGCAGAAAUUAUCCUUAACGUUUAAACAUCCAGUCUAAAAUGCAUGAGGUGCACCAGUGUCGCUGGUUUAUUAUUAGUUGGAGCUUAUAGGCUAUAGGCUCCAAGCCCCAGACUAGAGUUGGUAUUUUUGAUAAUACAGUCAAAUCAUCCUAAGCAGCUCAAAGAUUACAGGGGGGAGACGAGUGCCCAAAGUUCAGAGGAUCUGAAGUGGUCAGAUCCUCUGGGUGAUGUCAACCACCAGACAAAGUGUUUGACCGUCUUGUUCCACUUUAACCUUUUUCCAGACGUGCUGGGUUUGGAGCAUCAGAUGCAGGCAGGCAUGACUUUGUACAUGUCUGAAAUAUGUGCCUUAUUAUCGCAUCGUUUUUUCUUACAUACAAAAAAUAUGUACUUAGGCAGGAGGAAUAGGAAAGGAGCAGAUAACUGCACAUUACAGAACUGCAGGGGCUUUGUUGUUUUCAUUGUCUAUUUUUGUAUCCUGCUGCUUGCAGCAUCUGAUCAGACUAAGAAGUGAUACAGCUCUACAUGUAUAUAUUUUUUUCAUCCUUUAUGAGCUAUACAUACAUAAAGGCAUGAAAAACAUCUUCCUCCUCAUUCUUGGAAAAUCACAAAAGAGGGGAGGAGGAGAAAAACUGUCAGAUGUGAGGAAGCCUGGUGUGCUGUACCCUUCUUUGUUCUGUGUUUUCUCCCCCAUGUUGCCCUCCUGUGGAGGGGACAGAGAGUACCCCAUGCAGUAGAGUACCCCAUGCAGUAAAGGUGUGCUAACCAGCUGCUGGGGGACCGUGCAGGGGUGGAUUGCAGCUGCCCUGACGUUCAACAAUGGCACUGAUGGACACCUCUUUCCUCUGCAGAGGUGGUGGUGGUGAUGUUCAUGUAAGAAGUCAUACCUUGAGACCUCCAUCCUCUCACUGAUGGCUGGCGAGGCCCAGAUCCACAGGAGAAGGGAGAGGAAAGCUGCCCUCCCUUCGGACAGGAUGCUGAGGUCUGGGCUAAAGCUUGAUAGCCUCCCAACUGCAAUUAAGUGAGAAGUAAUUCUGACAGGUUUGGUUUCAUGCAGGGAAAAAUAACAGUAGAAUUACAUUUAAUUAACUGCAGUCUGUAAGCCUUCUUUCCAGUGCAGGAAUUUAACAUUUUUGCUUUGUCCACUGGUAGCUUUGGAUCAAAACUGGAAGUGGCCAUUAGCAGCUUGUUGCUAAACAAUAUUCUUGGGGUUAUUGGUAACAAUCAGACACAAUUUUUAGCCAUUUCUUUCUCACCUCUGCAUUAAAAUUACUUGAUUUUAUGUGUUUUCUUCUCCCUCAGUUUCCUGUGAUGUGCCUUUUCCACGUCACACAAACCAAACUGCUUUGUUUUCUCUCUUUCUGGUUUGCUGUUUGUACUGUGUCCUCAGCUGAGAUUCAGACUCGUUCCCCUCCAGUAGUUUUGGCCAAAAUCCUCUGGCAAAUGAAACUGGAUUCUUGUUUUGUAAAGAGGGCCGGAGAUUGGAGAACGGCACAAGGUUGUCUUUUGGGGGGAGAUAAAGCCAGGUCACAUCUUCUUGUUACACAAAUAGUUAUCGGGUGUUUGACCACCGUGUAAUAAAUACCUGAACUUUCUAAACCAGUGCCAUGCAGUCUGAUAAUUCUUGUUAAUGUGUAGUUGGGAUGAAAGGAAAAGCAUAAAACAAACAGCUGGGUUUAGUGCAGAUGUGCUCUGGAAUUAUAAAGAACAAAUAUUCAAAAGUCCCCCCCAGGCUCCCUGUUUGCUCCAAGGAAAUGGAUAGGUAACACGUGUGCGAUGUGCCGAGGAGGAAUAUGACUCAAAUCUGAAGUGUGGUGACGUCUGGUCACGAGGCAAGGCACUUUGACAGAAAACCAUGGAGCCUGCAGGUAUCUGGGCUUUCUUCUGCCCCUGCUGUAAUGGCAGCAGGUCAUCACACAACGAACUAGAAAAACAUAGGCGGGCUAAACUCCGGCUAUAUUUGGAACAGCUAAAACAGCUCGUGCCGCUCGGGCCGGACAGCACCCGGCACACCACUCUAAGUCUGUUGAAAAGAGCCAAGAUGCAUAUCAAGAAAUUGGAAGAACAGGACCGAAAAGCUCUAAAUAUUAAAGAACAAUUACAGCGGGAGCACCGCUACCUCAAGCGCCGGUUGGAGCAGCUAUCCGUGCAGGGCAUGGAGCGCAUCCGCACUGACAGUAUGGGAUCAACAAUAUCCACUGACUCUGAACAAGAAGUAGACAUUGAAGGAAUGGAGUUUACUCCAGGUGAAAUGGACAGUAUUGGAAGUGCCAGUGAUGCUGAAGACCACUACAGUUUGCAAAGCGGUUCGAGUGACGGAGGCUACACACAUUCCCGCAGACUGAAUGCCAGGCUCUCAUAGUGCCUGAGUUCCCCGCUCAACUCAGGACCAUCUGACUGAAGCACUUAUAUGAAUAUUCCAGAGUUGUCAACUGCCACUCUUCCAGGAAACCCCAACCACAGUACUCUGACAUGGAGGUUUCUUAACCCACGGUUCCCUGCACUGUAACCACAAUAUUAGAUAUUGUAAAUCAUGGGUUUGCUGCAGAGAACUGUGGUUAGGUACAGUUGUGACUUAAAGCUAGCUUGAUGUAGCCAUACUGCAAAUUAAAGAAAAUAAAUUAUGUCAUUCCAUUCAAGAAGUAUUAAAUUCAACCUGUUGGAAGCAUGGCGUGAGGGAGUUUGACAGUUAUUUUGAGUUUUGCAGAAACCAUUUUCAAACAUGGAAGAAUAAAUGGAAUCUACAAUGUGUCAAUGAUUCAGAGAAACGAAACCCUAAAACUACUUUUUGUGGUAUUUUUUCAUGAUGAAAACAAAACCCAAACCCACAACAUUCUGAAGGCUGUAGCGGGCUCUGUAGAGUAAAUUCAGCAGCUGCUGUUUGGGUGAAGAAGGCAGAUAAAUCUUCAAAUCUCAGAUGAUCUUUAGAAAAGGUCAUAUUUACAAGUCACUACUGUACUUCAAAACGGGGAAAAGCCAGCUCUAAUAAUGACUUCAUGUGGGAUGAUCUCAACUUUCUUCUGCUUUUUUUUGUAUUCAGUAUCCAACCAGCAGCAAAUCAUUCUGUCCACGUUAACAGGAGCAGCAGAAAGCAGUGCUGCAGUUUCAACCUGUUACCGUGGAAGGGAUGAAACUGAAGCAUUUCAGUGUUUUUUUGGGUUGUUUUUCCAUUUCUUUGUCUGAAGAAUACAGAACUCAAGUGAUCCAGUUUGCAGUAGUUAAUCUUUCCUUGCAAGGAAGUGAAAUCUCUGGCUUAUAUUUUCUUCUAUUUACUCAUGUCAGUACAUCUUUAUGGAAGACAUGGCUUAAAAUUACAGUAUUCAGCUAGAAGAUAAUUAAUUUUUUUUUCUUUUGCACACUAUAAUUGCAUUUUCUAUUCUUAAAAAAAGUGCAAAAAAAUGAAAACGUAUGCUGUAAAACAGCAAAGUUUAUUUAGUACUCAUCAAGCUGUUCAGAACAUAUUUACCCAACUUGUAGCAAUACUAUGAAGCUGUAUUUUAAUACAACUUCUGCUUAGUGAAGUCAUUAGAGCUUGGCUUGCCGGGUAAUUAAAAAAAAUGGACCAGUCUUUGCAUUAUCUGUUUAAAGAAGGUCUUUUAAAAAAAAAAAAAAAAAGAAGGAAAAAAAAGAAAAAAAAACUAAAAAAAAAAAGAAAAAAGCUAUAAACACUUUUAGGGAAGUGAUUUUAGCAAGUGUAGUCUAUAUUUCCUGUAAGAGAUUUUGUAUUAUAUUUUCCUAAAUGUUCUCAUUUACUUGUAUAGGGAGGGGAAUGGUACAGACCCAGACCAGAGUCUCAGGGACUCUUCACCUUUGUCAUAUUGUGCCUUGGUGACCAUUUAUGUAUGCCUCUCCUUCUCAUUGUUUAAAGGACAACUAAGCUUUGUUUCGAGACCCUCUGUUGGAAUGGUCAGUUGUCCACCUUCUUACGGCUGAAGCACAGAGGUGCGUUCGUAUGUCCACCCUCUCACAACUGAUUCAGUGUGGCUUUAAGUAAAAUCAUACCAUUAGGUUUUGGUGGGAGGGUUAAUUGUCUUUGUAUCAGCCCUCCCUUGGAUUCGCCAGCACCCGAAUCUGUAUUUUGUUAGCUUAUGGAGUCAGGGUCUCUGUGAGACCAGUGCUUGGUGGCUGGGGAAACACAAAUGUACUGUGUAAGGCUAUGGGAUGUCCAGGAGUGGUGCCAUUUUUAGCAUUCGGAUACAAGACCUCAUGACAGACUGACCAUAACGAUCAAAAACAAAGGUUCAGUUGUUCUUUCAACAUCUGACAUACGUGUCCUCCCUUUGGCUCUUACAACACGGAGUAGAAAUACGAAUCCAUUUUGUGGCAGCUUACCGAUCCUUGUUUGCACUCUCGCUUACUGCUUGGAACUUGCCAACAAGGAAAACGUAUACAUUUAAUUUACAUAACCUAAUGGACGGCCACCCCUACUUUGGCUCUGGGGAGGAGCCUAAGGUUAUAAACUCUGGCAGCUGAAUAAGAAAACAAUUAACCUUUUCUGUGAUGCAGGUUUUGGUAUUACGUUCUGUACACCUUGCAUAUUACUAAAAUCCUCAUUGUUGGGGAAAGCACACAGCAAUAUACUCAUUGUGUGUAGCUGACAAGCAGCAGAAAUUACUAGCUCCUCUGGUGCAUAUGUAACUAAUUUCCAAAUCAUGGAAAAAAAUAAAGUAAGAGUUUACUUUAACACACGACUGUUAACAGGAAAAAAAAAAGGCUAGUAUAUUGUUGCUGUUCAUUUAUUAUAUAAUGAACACAUUCAUGGAUUGUAAAGUGUUUCCUUUCAUGACAAGCAGCUCUUGCACAGAACCUCCUAAUGGAAAGAGAUUUGAACCUUACAGAAGGAAAAAACCCCGAGAUUUUAAAUUGAACAUUAUUGUACCUUAGGUCGACCUGAAAUUUUCCUUUGAAAGAUGAAUGUGCUAACUUAAUGAGUUCUUCCACGCUGGGUAUCCAUGGCUUUGUAGAUCUUAUAUUUUCAAUAAAAAUUACUCGAAUAAUCUUGA